UUUCCUCCUCGGGCCACUGGGGGUGUUUCUGCACCAGUGGAAUCCCGCGCCACUACGAGCGAGUCGUCGGUUUUAGGGUCUUCUGUCGGACUGUCGCCGUUUCAGGACCAGUUCAUCAACGACCAGCAAUGGUGAUGGGUACAGCGCUACUGGCGUGGCUGGUUGCGUCCGUGCUGACUGCCACGGCCGACGAUGCACUCGUGGAGAGGCAGACCACGGAAGGCACAGUUCGCGGCAGGGUGGUGCGUGUCCUGAACAAUACUGUUGAGCAGUACCUUGGUAUUCCGUUCGCCCAGCCACCUGUAGGUCCGCUCCGGUUUAAACCUCCACUCCCCAAAACACCUUGGGAGGGCACCGUGGACGCCACCGCUGGAAACACAGCCUGCCCACAGGUGCUGACGGAAGGAAUCACACUGGGCAAUUUAAGCUUCUCAGAGGACUGUCUCUACCUGAACGUAUGGGUCCCCGAGGCCGCCAAAAGCCCGGGCUCUCUGCGGCCUGUGCUUGCAUGGAUCCACGGAGGUGCAUUUACUCUCGGUAGCGCCAAUCAGGCCAACUACAGCGGAGUCUUUCUCUCUGCGCUGGGAGAUGUAGUCGUCGUGUCAAUGAAUUACCGUCUUGGCAUCUUGGGCUUCAUGAGUGCCAAUUCUCCCGAGGCACCAGGUAACGUUGGCCUGUUGGACCAGAACGUGGCUCUGAAGUGGGUUCAGCGCAACAUCGAACACUUCGGAGGUGACCCAGAGCGAGUGACGUUGUUUGGAGAAAGCGCUGGCUCGAUGUGUAUACACGCGCACAUAAUGUCGCCAUUAAGCGAGGGCCUCUUCAAGAGGGCAGUCUUGAUGAGUGGCACAAUGUAUAGCCUAGACACGUGGGACACUGUCGAAGAAAGCCUGGCGAAGGCAGAAAAGGUCGCAAACGUCGUCGGAUGCUCAAGCGGUGGAACUAUCGAGCUGGCGUCCAAUGCGGAAGAAGUCGUACACUGCAUGAGAAACAAAUCUGCCGACGAGCUCUUGAAGGCUUCUCUAGAGAUCACGGCACCAAAACUUGCCCCUUUUGCGCCCACUUAUCACGAUGAGUUUCUGCCGCGAAAUCCAAUAAUGGCCAUGAAGCGCGGUUUCUUCUCAUCUGUGGAUGUCUUAGCUGGCGUGACUUCCGACGAAGGAGCUGCGUUUCUCCUCUUCCCUGUGGUUCGUGAGCUUUUGGCCGAAGACCUUAAAGAUUUCCCGCAGGAGGAACUCGUUAAAUCUCUUCGCGCCGCAUUAUGGCGACUGCUGAAGGACGACGUGCCGGAUGUGCUGCAUACUUACACUGAAGAAGUGGCUGAAGGCGACAAUACCGCGCUGAGACGUCAGUACAUCGACUAUGUGUCGGACAGAGUGUUCAACUGUCCCUUGCAGUUCUUUGCGGAAUAUUAUAGCAAAUGGGGCAACACGGUAUUUUCCUACGUGUUCGCCCACAAGUCGAUGAUAUUCCCACUUCCUGCGUGGAUGGGAGUGCCCCACGGAACAGACGUAGCCUUCACGUUCGGUUACCCCUACGCAGCAGAUCCUGAUUCCCCUGAUGGACGUAUGACUGAAGCCUUUAUUCGGAUGCUAUUCACCUUCAGCGAAAACGGGAUUCCAGAGAUUCCCAACAACCAGACGUGGCCAAAAUACAGCAAGAGCUCGCCAAACAUCAUAUUGAUCAACAACUCUCAAUUUAACCAGUCGGAAGGAUUUAGGACAAGCUACUGUGAACGCUGGAGGCAUUUGUACUAAACGCGGCAGUUACGUCUCCAAUCAGGACCACUUAUUUGCUUCGAAUAAUUGGCAAUAGAAAGUAUUAAAUUUCGGGCUGACGAGCAAACAUUUCUUUUGCUGUUUCUGGAAUAAAGUGUACCUCAAGUGAAUAAAAUCAUUUCG